AUGGCGGCGGCGCUGCUGAUGCUGCUGCUGGUGUCGCCGGCGCUGCUGAUGCUGCUGGUGUCGCCGGCUGCCCCGGACACGUACGAGCAGGAGACCCACCGUAUGUUCGUGGAGUGGAAGGCCAAGUACAAGAAGAGCUAUAAAUACGCCGGCGAAGAGGAGUGCCGGUACGCGGUGUUCAAGAACAGCCGCCGCCGCGUCGCCCGGGCCAACGUCGCCGGGGUGACCUCAUCCGGCCUCAACGGUCUCAACGGCCACGCCAGCUUCGGUGGGCGCGGGGUCCGGAUGGGGGAGAAAUCGUACGAGGAGGAGGCCCGCCGGAUGUUCGUUGGGUGGAAGGCCAAGUACGGGAAGACCUACAGAGACGUCGGCGAGGAGGAGUGCUGGUACAAGUUGUUCAAGGCCAAUCGCCGCGUCGUCGUCAAGCUCAACGCCGCAGCCGCUGGGGAAACAGCAUACGGCAUCAACCAAUUCGGCGACCUCACCAACGAGGAGGUCCGCGAAUGCUGCGACGGGCGCGGCGGGGAGAUGGAGGGAAAGCUCAGUGCCAGGUGCCAGGCCGCCGUCGCAGGGGACAGCGUCGAGAGGCUGAUUCGGUCCCAGGUCUUGUCAUUCCUCUAUGACACAGAGUCUGUUGUUUAA